AUGCAUCAAAUGCGAGCUCUGUGCCUCAAAAAUUGGCGACAAAACUAUGAGAUAAUCAGUCAUUUCGACAAUUGCAGUUUCAGUUUCUGGAGUAAAGAAAGGAUUCAUUUUUUCCAUUUCAUGGAAUUACCAGUAAACAAUAUGCCCUUCGCACCGAUUAAGUAUAAUUCCCAUAUCACUAAAGGGCUUCGGGCACAGGAUUUACAGCUAAAUGGAUGA